CUUCCUCCACCCCCGGCGUGGGUGAUCCCGAGGCUCGGCGCGCUUCAGGGUGGAAGCUCGGAGACGCCGUCGUCGACACGGCCGCCGCCGGUGCUUCUGCAGCUGCCCACUGCCCCUCAGCCCCUUCCCCCUCCCGCGGGCCCUGGUCUGCCCUCCUGCCGAGCCCCGCCGGGUGCUCCGAGCCCCCCUCCCCGACGCCGCGGCGCCUCGCGCCUCGCCCGACUGUCUGGACUCGAGACUCAGAGCUGUCUUCAUUCCCAGGACUGAUUCCGAGGGGGCCGCGGGCGAGCAGACUCGCCCCCCGCCGGAGCGCGCCGGCCCGGCCCGCGAGCGGUUCCUUGUAGACAUUCGAAGAGCCUGCCGAGUGCCGUCCCGGCGCCCGCCCACCGACCGGCCCGUCGGCCCGCGGCUUCCUGAUGCAGACUGCCGUCCACUAAAGGUUGGACAGGACCCCCGAGGCCAUGGCAGGGGACGUGGAAGGGUUCUGUUCCUCCAUCCAUGACACCAGUGUCUCUGCUGGCUUCAGAGCACUGUAUGAGGAGGGACUGCUGCUUGAUGUCACUCUGGUGAUUGAAGAUCAUCAGUUCCAGGCCCACAAAGCCCUCUUGGCCACCCAGAGUGAUUACUUCAGAAUCAUGUUCACUGCAGACAUGCGGGAACGAGACCAGAACAAGAUUCAUCUAAAAGGUCUAACUGCCACUGGUUUUAGCCAUGUCCUUCAGUUCAUGUACUAUGGAACAAUAGAACUGAGCAUGAAUACUGUUCAUGAGAUUCUUCAGGCUGCCAUGUAUGUGCAACUCAUUGAAGUGGUGAAAUUCUGCUGCUCUUUUCUCUUGGCAAAAAUUUGUCUAGAAAAUUGUGCCGAAAUUAUGAGACUGUUGGAUGAUUUCGGCGUAAACAUUGAGGGAGUCAGGGAGAAGUUGGAUGCCUUUCUGUUAGACAACUUUGUGCCACUCAUGUCUAGGCCUGACUUCCUGUCCUAUCUGAGUUUUGAGAAGCUUAUGUCUUAUUUAGAUAAUGAUCAUCUCAGCAGGUUCCCAGAGAUAGAGCUGUAUGAGGCUGUGCAGUCUUGGCUGCGGCAUGAUAGGCGACGCUGGAGACACACUGAUACCAUCAUUCAGAAUAUCAGGUUCUGUUUGAUGACCCCAUCCAACGUUUUUGAAAAGGUUAAAACAUCAGAAUUCUACAGAUACUCACGACAGCUGCGCUAUGAAGUUGACCAAGCACUGAAUUACUUUCAGAAUGUUCACCAGCAGCCUCUGUUGGACAUGAAGUCCAGCCGUAUUCGUUCUGCCAAACCCCAAACUACAGUAUUCCGAGGAAUGAUCGGACAUAGCAUGGUUAACAGUAAAAUCCUUCUCUUAAAGAAACCAAGAGUGUGGUGGGAGCUGGAAGGCCCUCAGGUACCUCUGCGGCCAGACUGCCUUGCUAUUGUCAACAAUUUUGUUUUUCUGUUAGGUGGGGAAGAGCUAGGUCCAGAUGGUGAAUUCCAUGCUUCUUCCAAAGUGUUCAGAUAUGACCCAAGACAAAAUUCUUGGCUACGAAUGGCGGACAUGUCUGUCCCACGUUCAGAAUUUGCAGUUGGUGUUAUUGGCAAAUUCAUUUAUGCUGUAGCAGGCCGAACCAGAGAUGAGACUUUCUAUUCAACAGAGAGAUAUGACAUCACCAAUGAUAAAUGGGAAUUUGUGGAUCCAUAUCCAGUUAACAAAUAUGGACAUGAAGGGACAGUGCUCAAUAACAAGUUGUUCAUCACUGGUGGAAUCACCUCAUCUUCCACCUCCAAGCAAGUGUGCGUGUUUGACCCCAGUAAGGAAGGGACCAUAGAGCAGCGGACCAGAAGAACCCAAGUAGUUACCAACUGUUGGGAGAACAAGAGCAAGAUGAACUAUGCGAGAUGCUUUCACAAGAUGAUCUCUUACAAUGGCAAGCUUUAUGUCUUCGGUGGUGUCUGUGUGAUCUUGAGGGCCUCUUUUGAAUCUCAGGGAUGCCCUUCUACAGAAGUAUACAACCCAGAGACUGAUCAGUGGACCAUCCUGGCAUCCAUGCCGAUUGGUAGAAGUGGCCAUGGUGUGACUGUGCUGGACAAGCAAAUAAUGGUUCUCGGAGGCCUUUGCUAUAACGGUCAUUACAGUGAUUCCAUUCUUACAUUUGAUCCGGAUGAAAACAAAUGGAAGGAGGAUGAGUACCCUCGAAUGCCCUGCAAGCUGGAUGGUUUACAAGUGUGCAACCUGCAUUUUCCGGACUACGUACUGGAUGAAGUCAGACGUUGCAACUAAACACAUCUUUCCUCUUGAAAAACAAAGGCAAACAAAGCUUUUGUUUGUGAUAAAGUAGUUAACAAACAUAAAAGAAAAACCUCACCAGUUUUACUAUCAAAGCCAUUGGUCUAAUAUCGUAAGAAUUUCUCAUUCUGUGCUAGCAUCUUUUUUUCCCCCCCAGUGGCCUCAAACUCAUGCAAUAAGUUAAAUCUAAGCGCUAGCUCUUGAAACUACUUCCAGAAGCAGUUUAAUAGAAUGCUCCACUUCUCUAGGAAGUCGAUUAUCUGCUUUAAACGUUUCUUUCAGGUGUUAGUGUAGCAGUCAUGCAUCUUCUAAGAGAAGACCGAUAUGUGUCACUGGAUGUGAUUUCAGUCCCUAUCGUUAUCAGAAAUUUUUUGACAUUUAUUUCAGUGUAUUUCGGUCUGUAGUUUUUUUGAGUUUUAUUAUUUGAAUGUUUAAAACUCUUGACCUUUUUGCAUGGCUUUUUGCUGAAAAUGCAAAAAUAUAAAUUUUCUACAAAGUUAACUUUUUAUAUUCAAAACACUAUUUCUAAGCUGCCUUCUCUUAAUUGCAUCGUGUUAGUGAACGCAUAUCCAUACUCGCCUACAUCCUAUAGAUAAGGCACAUCCCUUGUAUGUGUGGUUUUAGGAUUCUAUAUUUUUAAGCUAGUACACUCGCACACACGGUUCGCCAUAGUUGUUGAAUUUUAGAUGUAAUGUCGUCUUGUGCAUUAACAUUUUCAGAAAGUUAAAAUAACUGGAGUCCUCAUUUGAUAUCAAAGUAGUCUAACUUUAGUCCAUACUGAUUCAGUAAUAUUAGUGCUCCUUGUAUUUCUGAAACAUGUAUGGAUUUAUGAAAACUAGUAUUUUGCAUUUUGUUUCCAAAAUCAUGUUUUAGUGUUCCUUAUCGAUGUAUCUUUUUUUUUGAAAAUGUUUUUUUCUUUGCAAUCCGUUUAACAUUGCCCCAUUUAUAGUGAAAAUCGGAGUCGUAUUUGACAAGCUCUGACCCUGCAAUGUACAAGCACUUUUAAAGAGAAUUUAGGUAAUACCAGACUCCUAAAUAAAGGCUCCUUGAAAAUAAGUGCAACCCCCAUUCUUUCCAUUCAUUAAGGCUGCUGCAUCUGUUAUUGGAUGGAAGGUAGCAACUCUUAGAAAAUUUAAGCUCAGUUUUGAUUUAGAAGUAAGAAUUAUAAUGUUAUUGUCUACAUGUUUAUUUCAUAAGAAUUAUCAUGCAAAAAUACCCAGCGGCACUAAGCACAUAAGCCCUCAGAUUUGACUUUAUUUACUGAAAGCUACUAGCAUGAAGGAUAGUAACCACAAAGUUCAGAGUGAAACAAAAAUGCUGUUUAAAAGUAUUUUAGAAUUAGCUGCACCUUGCAACUCUGUAGGUAAGAAGGGAAAGAGAGUUGACUAAAUUCAGUAAGAAAAACCUGGGGAUGGAUCAUUCCAAUUGAUGCCAUUUUCUCCAGAGUAGUCUAUAUGUGAUACAGACUAGAUCCACACUGGCAGAACUUGCCAGAUGCUAGGACGUUGGUGCAAUAUUGCAAUGCCUUCUAAAUGGCUGCUGUUGUAUACAUUUUCUAGUUUCUAGCGUUCUUUUUGUUUCCUUCUUCCUUUUUUUGUUUUUUUGUUUUAUUUUGCUGCUCCCAACAUUGAACAUACACAUAAGCCUGAAGUGGAAAUGUGAAGACUUUUUUUUCCCUAUGUUAAUAAAAGCUGAUUUUAAAACUCCAUUAACUGAAGACAUUUGAGUUUCAGAAGCACAACCAGGUACACAAGUAGCUUUUGAAAGAGAAAUAUCCUUAAUAUUAGUUUCAGAAAAGUCAGUAAUACUUUCCUUAUGUAUGAGACUUAAUGUUUUGUUAAGUGAUCUUUCAUUUUACCUACAGUUUCUAGAAAUACAAUUUGAUCUUAUUUCCCAUAGCAGUGUGGGUCAAAAUUUUUUUUAUACAUUUACAAAUACUUUUUGAUUUCAUUACUUUUGGAAAUUACAGAUUCGGUUAACCAUUUAACUGUUUUUCCUACUACAUUAGUGCAUUUAAGAUUUUGAAUAUGUGCUGUCUUGCUUUAAAGAGAAUCAUUUCUUCAUUAUUUUCCUCUUUGAUAUCUGGCUGGAAAAGAUCGAGAAAGCACCCUCAGACAGGGUUCCAUAUUGAAAGCUUGACACUCCAGUGGUGGUUCUCUCUAAUGGCUUAGAUGGCAGUUUAUAGCACUAGUUAGAGUCACAUCUGAGUCAAAAAUUGAAUUUUCUUGGUUUUCCGUAGUAAAGACAUAAGGCCAAAUCAAAGUUCAUGUCUCAUAGAAUUUUGUGAAAUUUUAACUUGAACUAACUCUGGAUUCAGCUUCACAUAAGUCAUGUCUGACCUGAUGUUAGCUGUGAUCAGUUUUGAGCUUUAAGAAUAGUUGCUGUGGCUUGGGUUCUGAAUGUAUGAAAAUUUUUUUCUGUUUAUAGGUAGUUCUAAUUUAGGUUCUUUUAAAUCCAUGAUUAACGUACAUUCCCUUUAAGACUAUGGUUUAAUUGCUGCAAGAGAUUUAUUUUUGUUAUACUAAACUAUGGACAUUUUUUCAAAGAACUUUUCAACUUCAUUUUUUGUGUGCUUCAUUUGGAACCAUUUGUGUUUAUAUGCAUUGUAUGUGCUCAAAAUAGUUAUUUCAAAAUUCAUUAAGAGAUUUGAAACUCCACAGAAUAACUCUUGUGCUCUUUCUUUUACUUUACAUUUUAAAUGCCAGACUUGACAAAAAUAGCUGAUCCUCAUUAAUUGCAUCUUAAUUAAAACCAUUGGUUCUCUUCCAUGUCUUUGACCUUGUAAGUUUUGAUUUUGAAGAAAAUCUUUGCAUUACAGUCUUUUCAUCAAAUGCAAGAUUCUCACAUUGAAGGGUUUGUACUGGAAGAGAUGUUAGUGGUUUUUUUUAGAAGCAAAGCUUAAUGAGUAGAAUAGUGUUUCCUGAGACAGCUUUCUAUGUGUGCUCAUUACUCUGCUCUUUUAUGAGUGUUAUUCUCAUUUGUGAAAUACUGACUGAGCCCUUGACUUACCCUUUUCUAAAGCAGCACCUUUGGACACCUCAUUUUGGGAAGCCUAUGUGAGUCAUUGUAAAGGACACACAUUGUUUGUGUAGGGAGAAGUGGUAAAAAUGGAGAGUUUUGUCUUAACUACAUGAAACUAAGCUUUAAAUAUUUUAUAACAAAUUAUUUGAGCUGCAUAAUCUAAACAUGUCAAACGUUCAGUGGGACUAUUUUUAUAUAUGUAUAUGUGGGUGUAGGUCAUAACAUUUCAGUUUAUAAUAUAAGUUGUUAUUUCAGUUUAUAAGCUAUCUCAGAAGAGACUAGCUCUUUUUGAGAAUACAUAAUUUAAAGUUUUAGACUGAAGUAAAACACAGCAUAUAUAAUAAUGUAAAUUAGAUUUAAUUGAGGGCUAUAUGGCAGUAAAACUGCUAGUGCCAGUUUUCCUGUUUGCCUACUCUACAUUUUUGAUUUUUCCUUUUCUAUUCUGAACGUUUUUAGACAGCAUACAUUUGUUCAGUUGCAUUUAGAGUUGGUUUGGGAAUAAAUAUCUUCUAAAAAAGAGAUUUAUCUUAAAAAUGAAAAGUUCUGAGAAAUUAGUUUACCAAGAGUAUAAAUAUUCAGUAGGCAUAGACUGGAAUAGAUAAAAUUCAUGGGGAUCAUAUCCUCUCAGUACACCAGUAGAACUUCAAUAUUACCCUAGUAAGACUGAGAAUACCAUCAGCUUUGUUCCCCCCCCUUAAUGUUCUUGGGGUUUUCAUUUUACGCCUUUGGGAACAGUUGCAUUAAAAAUUUUAUGAACCAGUACACCAGUAACAAUUAGGUGUUAGAUUUUUGAAGGAACGUUCCAGUGAGGUGAUCAGAGAGGUUAUUUUCUACCUAACUUGUAUAUGCCCUUGGGCAUACUUUGUCUAUAGAAAAAUAUUUUCACCUUUAGGUACAUUUUGGGCCAGUAGUCAAAUAAUCCUAGGGCCGAUAUAAAAGUCUUAGAAUAAUUUAAGGUUUGCCUUUUAUACAUGUUUUGAAAGCCUUUACAUUUUUGUCAGGUAAUUUUUUCCCAAGCCGUGGAUAUAAUCUAUUCAAACAUGUUUAUGCUAUCCAUUCUGUUUUUAAAUUGAAAAAAAAAAUGUUAAAAGUGUUUAUGAAGAAAAGUUUAAAUAAAAUAUUUUUCAUCUUUAAAAUGUACUUCUUUAUCUCUGAU